CUUUGCGACGACACGGGAGAUCGACGAGCUUGGAGGGAAAUUUCUCCGUGCUUCGCGGCCUGAAGUUUUUCUCUGUGCACUGCGGACUAGCAAUGGACACCCAGAAGGACUUUCAGCCCCCGAAGCAGCAGUCCAUGAUAUAUAUCUGUGGAGAGUGUCACACCGAAAGUGAAAUAAAAUCCAGAGAUCCAAUCAGAUGCAGAGAAUGUGGAUACAGAAUAAUGUACAAGAAAAGGACUAAAAGAUUGGUGGUUUUUGAUGCCCGAUAAAUCAUGAAAAACUAAGAGUAUCUUCAUUUUACUUGCAUUUGCUCCAUUAAUGGAUCUUAUUGUUGGUGUAACUUUUAAUUUAGCACACUUACCUUAUGAGCAUAAAACUAUGUACAUAUGAUUUCAUUUCAUGUUAAAAACAAGAUUGUAUUUAGGUGUCAAUACUUUGUAUAAAAAAUGUGUUCAAUUAAAUGACUUAUGUAUUCUGACUCACAGUGAAAAAUUAAAAUUGCUUCCUCAAGCCAA